AUGGCAGGCAGUGGACCGUCGGGUGGUAGAAGGUCUGCAUGCAGCAUUCGUACUGUACGAUAUAUCGUGUGGUACAAGUUCUCCGACCGCCAGGUGCAGGCACCGCCGUGUGUCUCGCCGGAUCGAGCGACGGGGGUUCGAACGAAAAGCGUGAAGAUAAUUAAAAUGUCGAAAUUCUCCUCAGAUUCCGACGACUAUACGCCUACUUCUACAAGGAGAUUUUUCAGAACCGAUCAGAAACCACUGCACGCCAUUCUUGGAGGAGGCAAAGCUGCUGACAUAUUGUUAUGGAAGAACCCAAAAUUAUCAGCUGCAAUACUGAUUGGGUCCACAGUGAUAUGGUCCUUAUUCGAAGUUGGGGAAUAUAAUUUUAUCACAUUAAUCUGUCACAUUUCAAUAAUUGCUAUGCUCGUUUUAUUCAUAUGGUCUUCUGGAGCUGGAAUCGUUGAUUGGAAUCCACCUGAUGUUAGAGCAAUCACUAUCCCAGAAUCUACGGUCCGUUGGCUUCUAGCAGAAAUCAAUAAACUGUUGUUAAAGUUCUAUCAAAUUUCAUCCGGGAAAGAUUUAAAGACCUUUUUCCUGGCAAUAGCUUUCCUGUGGAUACUGUCUGGAGUUGGAAACCUCUUUACCUCACUCAACCUAUUAUACAUUGGUAUAUAUGCUCCACUUUAUUUGUUUUAA